AUGGAACUCCAACAUCUCUGCUUUGAAUUUCUGGAGGAAUUGAGGUCGGGGGUAAUUUUCCAGUGGAAUUAUUCGCCUCAAGUGACGUACUCUACAGGAAUCACUGUUCUGCCUUGUCUUUCUCUUAGCAGUGGAACACCAAAAUAGCGCUAACUUGCCAAAAACACCUCAAAAUGGCCUGAGACAUGGAUAAACAACAAAGAAUACAACAAGGCAAUAAGGUACGUUGACUUUAUUUAAAAACAUAACCUUUUUUCUCUCUUGCAAAACUGUUUACAUCCCUUUCAAGCCUUUGUAAAUACAUGUAUGCAUUUAUAACACAUCACCACUAGCAAGCAAGAGUCCUGUCCAUGUUCAUGUAAUGAGCUUGGGCCACCUGUGGCCUGUACACAGACGUUGUUUAAUUUUUCUCAUUGCUCUUUUUGAAAACAUCGACGAGCUUGCGAGAAUGAGCGCAGCACGCGAGUAAGAAAAAUAAAGAACGUUUGUAGACAUCUUUGGGAGAAAAGAGGUUUAUUAAGUCCCUCCCCCAUUUCAACGCCUCAUCAUUAUCACCUCCACGCUCGCCGUACCAAUUUAAUUGGACUAAUGGAACUGGAGAUAUAAAUUGUUUGUGUAUUUGGCUUAGGUAUUUUACAAUCAAACAACAAUGACACUUGGAGUUGAGUAUUUGUUGAAGGCAGUCUUCUUAGGCCCUCCUUAGACUGCUUCUAUGCCGAAAAAGCCGGCUAAAAGAGUACCGAGACCGAAAAAAUUGGCACAUCUGAUUAUUUAAGGUAGGAUAUGUGGGUGCUUUGUAUACAGCAAUAGUACUGGGCAAUCAUCCCGUUCGCAUAAAGCUACAGGGAAUCUUUUUAGAGAGUGUUCGUCAAGGUGUAACAAAACGAAAGAUCUUGGUUUUACCGUUUCGCAAACAGAAGAUCAGUCAAGUAGGGUUUGUUCGCCUUGCAGUACUCAGGUUAGAAGCACCCGAGCUGGAUUUUUUUAUUAAAGCCAGCUUUCAAGAAAGCGAGCACGACGAUGAUAGCUUUCAGUUUAAAAAAAAAAACAGAAUGUCCUCAUCACCUCUUGGUUCUGCGGCAAGGUAAUGCAAUGGCUGAGAUGCCAGCUUCUCUUAAUUGCUUCAACUUGAUCAUUGAUAAUACCUCAUAAUGGUGAUGCAACUACAGUUUUGUGUUCUUUUCUCUUCGUUUGAGUUUCACUGCCACGAACAACUGCUAAAUUAAACUUUUCCCCAAACCCAUGGGAAUAACCGCCAUGAUAUUCUUUUGCUCCAGUAAACCCAAAACAGCCUGGCGCUGCUCCUCUUUAAGCACGUAUUUGCUCGAAAAUUGUGCCAAACAGUCGUCAAGCACGCUUUCCAUAGUCUACACUCCAAUACAAAAGAUAAUUAUAGUCAACAUGGUCAACACAAGCUUGUAGUAUGAUUCCAUCCCAAGUUCACAAGUUGGCGGUGCUUUUGAUCAAUGUUAUUUUUUUAUGCAAAUUGCAAUAGCAAGUGUUGCGGUUAGCUCAUCCAGGCAAUGACAAAUGCUUCUACUCACAUGAUGCGAGCAUGAUGAGUCGUUGACAUGAUGGUGACAGGAUAAUGGCCGUCCAGCCAAUGGUAUUUUUUGCUUUUCCUGAGAAAACCAAGUUUCAGUUGCUCCCAAAGAUGUCUACAGACUAUCUAUUUUCUUCUUCCCCCUCCACUACUCCUUUGCAGUGAUGGUCAAUAAAUCCCCUGCAGUUUACAUUUUAUCACCUGCGCUUGACGGACUUUGAAGAGAAAAUAGAGUGUCUGUGAACAGGCUAGCGGUUUGCAGGCUACAGCUGUAACAUAUACUAAUAAGCACUCUAAAUUCGACGUUUCUUCUUUUAAGAAAAAAACAAGUCAUAGAAUAAGAUUUUGCUCUCGAAAAUUCAAACUGCCUUUUUUUAUGUCCUAUGAUUUGUUUUAAAUUUUCUGGUAAAAUAAGAAAACUUUUUCAUAAAAUGAGAGAUUCAGAGCAAUCUUGAAUUUAGAGUGAAGUCCUUUGACUUGACUUUCAAGUUCCUGAUGAAAGUAUACCACAGGGUAGCCUCUCAUGCAGGCGUUUUUAGGGGAGCUUGUUUUUCAUCCCUCCCCACAAACGCCUGCUCAACCGUUUGUGGGGAGGGACAAAAAACAAGCUCCCCUAAAAACGCCUGUGUGGGAGGCUAACCACAGGGAAGCCAAAUUCGGUGUAUGAAUAAUAAUAAUAACUAGGAUAAUUAUGUUUGUUAGGUGUACAGGUACCAGUUGAGGGGGAACGGUGGAUGGUUAUUGCAAUACAUUAAUUUGAUCAUGGCAUAUUUUAAAUGUAAGGAUUGCUUACAGCAAAACCUCUAUUUAAACUGUGUAUCAUUAUGAAAAAGUCUUGAAGGCUAGUGAUAUCGUAUGGUUCGUCUCAACAAGUGCAGUAAUUUGGUUGAGUGUGUUGAUUUCAGUGACUUGAGUACAGCUAUUGUGGGCUGUUUAUAAGUUUUUCCGAAUAAAUAACACAGACCUAAAAAUGUUCAUUUGUCUGGUGCCGAAAGUAUCACAAGUCAUGAUGAAAUGGCUAUGGCACCUCCGAGCUUUACAUCUCGGAUAUUUACUUUGUGGCACAACAACUGCCAAGUUACACAACUUGGUAGAUUUACUUUGUGGCACAACGGCUGCCAAAACUUUUGAAAGAUGAACGCUUUGAAAUAUUUAGCAAACACAGAUCAAUCGUAGACCUUCAGCAAACUCUUGAAAUAUGUACGCUUUAAGAAGAUUCAGCAAACUUGUAAAAGAUGAAUGCUUCACAAAGACAGAAUAGCAGACCUCAGCGUUUGGAAGAUGAACGUCGAGGACCCACGAGUCAGCAUGUGAAUUAUUGCAUCAAAGUGAGGCAAAACAUAAGCAAGCACCUCAAAGUACUUAAUAAUUGCAUGGGACACCCAAUAAUGCACAAAACACCCAACAGAAAUUAGGGGUGGCGUUCUCAUACCUCAAACGCAGUAACUAGUGGUUCCAUAUUGAAGUGAAGUGCUGCCCCAUGUAGAGAGAUAAAAGGCUUGGACAGGUAGUAAUUAAUAAUAAUUUGGGUUCCUUAGCAGUGCUCGAACUUAACAGUCAGUCACUCAUCUUCCCCACUAGUCCUCUGGACAAGUAAAGUCAUCACUCUCUGAGAAAUACAUGUAAUUUUUUCUGUGUCGUACCAAAAAGUGCUAAAAGGGCCUUGAAACAAAGAAUUGCCAAAGACAAACCUUUUAAAAAAUGAACAGGUGAAAAUGCUGAAUAAAAGUCUGGGCUCUUUUCAAGAAACAAAAUGCCAAAGUAUGUUGAAACGGAAACAAGUGAAAGGCCCACUGUACUCUUUCUUUGGAGGAAAGCAAUCAUCAGAUGAUAAAGAAAUUAACACAGAAUCUGAAACACCUGCUUCGACCAAAAAAACAUGCAAGUUUCCACGGAAGGAAAAUACAAAUGGCUGAGCUUUGAAGGAAGGGGAAACAAAAUGUUCUGAGAGUUUUGUAGAGAAUUCCCGAAAAGGGAAAACUUGCAAUACUCGUGAGGAUCGGAUCAAAUAAUUUCUAAACAGACAGCCUGAAAGCACAUACAUGUAUCAUGGGGCCAGCGAAGGACAUGCUUUGACCAACAUUCAAGAAAAUGGAAUUUUUUUUUAACACAGCAUAUUACAUGUAUAUUGUAUAUUCAAAACUUGUUUUUUAUCCUCCCACAGUUGUGUUCAUUGCAAAGAAAGAAUGGUUUGUCCCUUAGAAACACAUACGUGUACAUGAAUAAUCACACAUGUAAAGAGUUUUCUGAACAUUAUCUCUCAUACCGUCAAGUUAG